AUUUACGCGACAACAACUCCCCACAGUCCCACAACGACAAAAAGUUGAUUGACCCCCGUCUUCCCCCAAUUGUGACAGAAAACGAGCCCUAAUUUCAAUUAAUUCAAUCAAUUUCCCCCCAUUUGAUUUGAUCUUAUUGAAUCUCUCAAUUCGUUUUUCCUACAUUAAAUUCACAUUGAAAUUAUUACUCAAUUUCAAAAUUCAUCUAAUUUUGUUACUGAAAUUGCCUGUUUAGCAGAGUUGAUUGGUUUGGUCGAUUCUUCCUACGAGUUUAGCUAGUUUUUGGGAUGAACUUGUAGAGUUUGGUGUUGUAAUUUUGAAUCAUGGGUGAAAGUGAAACGGAGAAACCAGACAAGGAGCCGAAAACGCCGGUCGCAGUUAGCGCGCAAGAGCAGUCUUCGGCUACGAGCACUGCAACAGUGAAUGCCGAGUGGCCUGGGUUUCAGGCAUAUUCACCUAUCCCGCCACCUGGCUACAUGGCGUCUAGCCCCCAAGCUCAUCCCUACAUGUGGGGUGUUCAGCACAUGAUGCCUCCAUAUGGUACUCCACCUCAUCCAUAUAUGGCCAUGUAUCCCCAUGGUGGCUUAUACGCUCACCCAUCUAUGCCUCCGGGAUCUUAUCCAUUUAACCCAUAUGCAAUACCACCCCCCAACGGCUUGGCUGAUGCUUCUGGAAAUAUUCCUGCUAGUGCCGAUGUGGAGGCUAAGCACCACGAGGGGAAAGAGAAGUUGCCGAUAAAAAGAUCAAAAGGUAGCCUGGGCAGCCUGAAUAUGAUCACUGGCAAAAAUAACGAAGAUGGUAAAACAACAAGACCUGCUGCUAAUGGCUCCUGUUCAAAAAGUGCUGAGAGUGCAAGUGAUGGGUCAAGUGAGGGAAGUGACACAAAUUCGCAGAAUGACUCUGAAGGAAGACAAGAAGGACAAGAAGCUGAUGCAUCUCACAGCGGAAAUUCUGCGCAUGUUGCUCAGAAUGGCGUAUUAAAUGCGCCUCACACAAUGGUGAAUCAUGCAAUGGCUAUGGUGCCAAUGCCAGGACCUGGUGCUCCAGUUCCUGUUUCUGGACCUGCAACAAAUUUAAAUAUUGGAAUGGAUUACUGGGGUGCUCCUGCUUCAUCUCCAAUCCAGGCUAUGCGAGGAAAUGUUUCUUCUGCUCCCGUUGCUACAGGAAUUGUUCCAGUUGGAUCACGAGAUAACUUACAGUCACAGCUUUGGUUGCAGGAUGAGAGGGAACUAAAAAGACAGAGACGUAAACAAUCUAAUAGGGAAUCUGCCCGUAGAUCCAGACUGCGUAAGCAGGCUGAAUGCGAUGAGUUGGCUCAGCGUGCUGAAGGAUUGAAAGAAGAAAAUGCUAAUCUUAGAUCAGAACUUAAUCGCUUCAGGAGUGAUUAUGAGCAACUCGUGGCUGAGAAUGCUGCGCUUAAGGAGAGACUCGGUGAAAUUCCUGAAGAUUUAGGAUCCAACCGAGCUGAACAUCAUAUGAUUACUGAAACUCAGGAGAGCAGCAAAACAGAUCAAGUUUAGGGUUUGAGUCAUCUACUAUCUGCUUCAGCCAAUUUUUAUGAAGCAUUAGCUAACCAACCUAGUAUUUAUCUGAAGUCAUUAGUAUACCUCUAAAUAGACUGUAUACUGUCAAAAUUGGCCAAAAUCUGACCUUUUUCACUGCAGGAUAUAGUCUGUCACGUACCCAAUUACAACGUCGUAUUUUGGCUGAUCUCGAUUUUUUUGGGAUUGUUAUGUGGGUGGUGAAAUUGUUGUGGCAUGUCGAGGUUCCCAUUUGUAUCGUGGUAGUAGAAGAGGUAGUAGUAAUAGCAUUUUACACUGUAAGAGUUGAUUUUUACCCUAAAUGCGGCUUUACAGAAAAUAUAUUCAGGAGGAAGAUAAUGUACCAUUAAUUUAGAUGUAUAUGGAAGAUGUUUUUUGUCA